UUUAAUCAACAGACAGGCGCACUCGAUAGCGGGCGAAUGAGAGGUAAUUGGGUGGAAGAACACGGGGGGGAAAGCGGCGCGACCGUUGACGAGGAUCUCGUGCGGACGUGAAGAUGAGAUCGGAGCGCGCUCGGGAGAGUCGCCGUCGGAUUCCUCAUCCCGUGCCCGCGAUCGCGCGCGUUCAAGCGAAGGCUCCUGCCACGCGCCAGCCAAUUGUCUGCACACAUCCUUUCCCAUUUACUACCGGGGCAAUGCGUGCCGCCUCAUCACGGGACUCAUCAGAGUGACCAUCGCUUCUGCCGCUUCUCUCCCGUGACCCUGCCACUGCUCCUGCAGCGACACUAACAUAGGCCACUGCUCCGAGUGAGCGACUCGUGACUGCAGAAGACGGGAGAGAGAUCCGGAGAUCGCGACUCGGCACCCCUCGUGUGGACCACUGAGAAAUUGUUAAGCUGAAGUGUUCGUGUACGUUGCACUUAUUUCUCGCCGUACGUAGCCAACCGUGCUAAUUGGAGGUCGGGGUGGUGGGGAGGAAGGACAAGAAACUGAACACAAAAAGCAUUUCUAAGGAAAUUAGUUUUCGAUUUAGUUUUAACAGUUCAUAGCUCCAGCGGUUCUUCGUAUCGGAGGGGCGCAUCUGAAAGCUCGUCCCUAAUUUGGAACGUUUUCGCACCUCGUUAGUUGACUCAUCACACUCGCAUGAAUCUUUGAAAGUAAGAAAAACAAACGUGCAAAGUUUGGCUAAGUUUCAUUAAUAGCGGCCACGCACGGUAAGAUGUAACGAUGAUGUAUUGAGAAACAAAAGCACUUAGUGAAACGUCAACACGUAUUGGAUACACGCACACUUAAACACACUGGCGGGCAUAUACUCUCACAUGCACCCAAAGUUAAUAAACUUUCAGACAUUUUCACUUACGUACACACACAGACACUCACAAAUACGCAUUCGCAUGCUCGCUUCAGUACACCCACACUAACAUUCACACGUUGAUAGGCAAUUGCGUAAUCUUACACGUCCUAACAUAGAUGAAUACACUCACAGACACAUACAUACCCACACAUAUAGCAUAGGCAUACAGACUUAACGUCAAACACAUACAUGCCCACGAUUAUACACACACAUCCACAGUAUCGUAUGUUCUGACGUACACGAAUACAAUUGUCCCCAUGUUGUUUUAAACGACUGCUGUGGCAAGUGCAGUUAGCGAGUACGUACAGAUUUAAAUUAUCUCACAUACCCACUCAAAUUCACACACUUUAUUCACACUAAUUAAAACGUUAACAGGAUCUCACGUACCAAACCCUAUCAUACGCACACUAUCUCACACACAUACCCACAUUGACACACUCUCGCUUACACGCUGAUAACCACCCUAUAACACAUACAGUUAGCCAACACCCCCCAUCCCAAAACACACAACACACACACCCGUCUAAACAAUACUGAAGCAUUUUGACCAUCGCCCCACGCCAUGGAAUCAAUGCUUCCGGCGAACACGACCCCCUGGAUUACAAACAACAUCUCGUGGCUCUGGGACAACAACAACAACAACGGCGGCAACGACACCGGCAACGCAACGGGCAUCGAGGAGCCCUACGAGCCGGGUGCGGGAGCCGUCAUCCUGCCUCUGAUGUACUUCGUCGUGUGCGCCGUGGGCCUGACGGGCAACACGCUCGUCAUCUACGUGGUGCUGCGCCACGCCAAGAUGAAGACCGUCACCAACAUCUACAUCCUCAACUUGGCCGUCGCCGACGAACUCUUCAUGUUCGGCCUGCCCUUCCUCGCCCUGCAGAACGCGCUCUCCUACUGGCCCUUCGGCUCGCUCAUGUGCCGUAUCGUCAUGACGGUGGACGGCAUCAACCAGUUCACGAGCAUCUUCUGCCUGACCGUGAUGAGCAUCGACCGCUACCUGGCCGUGGUCCACCCGGUCAAGUCCACCAAGUGGCGGAAGCCCUUCUUCGCCAAGCUCGUCAACGGCGCCGUCUGGUUCCUCUCCUUCGUCGUCGUCCUGCCCGUCAUCAUCUUCUCCUACACGCAAGGGGACAUCACCAUGUGCAACAUCAACUGGCCCGACCCGGCCAGCGUGUGGUCCACGGCGUUCAUUCUCUAUACGGCGCUGCUCGGCUUCUUCGGGCCGCUCACCGUCAUCUGCCUGUGCUACUUGCUCAUCAUCUUCAAGGUGAAGUCGUCGGGCGCGCGCGUGCAGGGCUCCACCAAGCGCCGCAGGUCUGAGAAGCGCGUGACGCGCAUGGUGAUCGUCGUGGUGGCGGUGUUCGUCUUCUGCUGGCUGCCCUUCUACCUGCUCAACAUCAUCAACCUGGCCGUCACGCUGCCCGAGGAGCCCGCGCUCAUGGGCCUCUACUUCUUCGUGGUCGUCCUCUCCUACGCCAACAGCUGCGCAAACCCGAUCCUCUACGCGUUCCUCUCGGACAACUUCAAGAAGAGCUUCCAGAAGGUGCUCUGCCAGAAGAAGGUGGCCGCGGCCAACGCGACUCACGACGACGGCGCGGAUCCCAGCGACAAUCGCCCAGAGAAGUCGCGGCUGCACGAGGCGCCGCCCGAGACCAUGCCCACCGCGCUGCACGAGAACGGCAGCGUGCAGCUGUCGGUCGUCUAGCGGGGGGGGGGGGGACGCGUGCGCGCCUUGCGGCGUCGUGUGCGCUCGGAGAGGUGGGGGGUGUGCGUACCGUGCGUAAUUGAUACAUUUGCGUGCGAGCGUGCGCUGCGGUUGAAGGGGCCGGGGAUGCGUUCGCUCGACGCGCGUUACGCUGCGCGCGUAAAAAUGCGUUCGGGAGUCGACGGCUGCAUGCGUCGAUCAGCGCGCGUGCGUUCGCCGUGGUUGUGUCGAACGCGGUUGAGCGUGGGGCUCAGCGUCGUUGCGGAGGGCGAUUGCGUCGAGCGCGGUGGUGUCGAGCGUGGCAGAGUGUGGUUGUGUUGAUGGUGGUCGUGUCGUGCGUGGCAGAGUGUGGUUGUGUUGAUGGUGGUUGUGUUGAGCGUGGCAGAGUGUGGUUGUGUUGAUGGUGGUUGUGUCGAGCAUGGAAGAGUGUGGUUGCGUUGGUGGUGGUCGUGUCGAGCGUGGCAGAGUGUGGUGGUGUUGAUGGUUGUCGUGUCGUGUGUGGCAGAGUGUGGUGGUGUUGAUGGUGGUCGUGUGGAGCGUGGCAGAGUGUGGUUGUGUUGAUGGUGGUCGUGUCGUGUGUGGCAGAGUGUGGUGGUGUUGAUGGUGGUCGUGUCGUGUGUGGCAGAGUGUGGUUGUGUUGGUGGUGGUCGUGUCGAGCGUGGUUGUGGUUGAGCGUGCU